UGUCAUGUUCCCUGCUCAGAAGACUGUGUCAUGUCUGAAUGGGGUGUUUGGUCCAAGUGUCCCGAUCCAUGUUCUGGUAUCAAUGGCCCGAACAUCAGAGUUCGUGAACGGCAUAUAUUAGCUUACAAUAAUCCAGGUGGCCGUCCAUGUCCAAAAGAUAUUAAACAGAAUGAACCUUGUCCAAUAAUCAUUCAAUGUGCUAUUUAUUAUUGGAAGUCAAGUGGUUGGGGUCCAUGUAUCUCUACUUGGGACACAGGGUGUGAGGAUGUGGUGCGGCCGAAAGACUCUCAGACCUGUAAUAUAGAAUGUCCUAAAGAUUGUACUGUAUCAGAGUGGUCUCAUUGGUCAGAUUGUGGAGUGGAGUGUCUAGAUGUCACAGAUGUGUCUUGUCGUCAUGCCAAUGGUACCGAACAUCCAAUAGAUACCUGUCUUAGAAAUAUAGGCGCCGUGCCAAAACAACUGGAAGGAUGUCAUGUGUCAUGUGCCAAGGAAUGUCAGAUUUCUGAUUGGUCAACUUGGAGUGUUUGUGUUGGAGGGUGUAAUGGGUACAGUCAUCGAACAAGGAAAUUAUUAGGCGAGAGCAAAUAUAGAGCAGAAUGUAAAAAUACAGAUUUAUACUCGUUAGAUCAGCGUAGAAAAUGUUUAUGUAAUGUUUUACGUCCGGUGGUCAUAGGAAGCUACUCCGACUGUAUUUUAAAUGGGCAACGGGAUACCAAUAAAACAGCUUAUGACAAUGGCGUUGACCAGGCGUAUUGUGGUACCGGUAAAAAAUAUAAAGUUGUGGCCUGUAGAAAUGAUCAACAUGAUUUAGAACAGGCUUCAAAAUGUUCUCAAAGUGGUUAUGAAGAAGAUAUAUGUUUUGAAGCUUGUCCUAUUGAUUGUGUUAUGACGGAAUGGAGUGCCUGGUCUCACUGUGGUGUUACCUGUGGUUCCGGUAUGCAGGUCCGAUUCCGCAGCAUAGCGACAUACCCUGCUAAUGACGGCAGAAAAUGUCCCGCUUUAGAUGGCGCUAUGAAGAUUGUCAAAUACUUCUUAAUAAUCAGAGGAAACACCUUAACAGAUUUUGAAACUCAGAGUCGUGUGUGUACAGUGGACUGUAAUCAUUAUGUAUGGGUGGAAGAUGAAUGGGAUUCUUGUAUCCCCCAGGCUGGUGCUGGGUGUGGUCAGGGCCGUCAGAUUCGCUUAGUCAGAUGUCAAUCUAUCAGUGAAAACAGCAAUAUAAUAGGUUUUGUUGAUGAUAUUUAUUGCCGUGGUAAAGAUCGGCCGUUAGAAAGACGUAGUUGCUAUCUGUCUUGUCCAGGAGAAUGUGUUCUUAGUGAAUGGUUACCAUGGAGUUCCUGUCAGCAGCCUUGCAAUGGUCAGCAAACACAAAAGAGAGUACGAAAGAAGAUGAGAGAAUCAUCAAAAUAUUAUGCCAAUGAGAAAUGUGGUCAGCUUGUAGAGGAGAGAACCUGCUUAAAGGGAGAUAACUGUAUUGAGUAUAGCUGGGAAUUGUCUGACUGGUCAACAUGUCUGGUUAACAGUGGCUAUGAGACGUGCGGUGUGGGUCAUAAAGAGAGAUAUUCUAUUUGUAGAAAUAGUCAACGUAAAAUAGUUCCUAAUUAUAUGUGUGAACAGAUCCUAGGAAAGAUAAAUGAACCUUUGGUAGCGUCGUGUGAGAUACCAUGUGAUAUAGAUUGUCUGCUCUCUGAUUGGUCAGAUUGGAGUAUCUGCAGUCAAACGUGCGGUCUAGGUACAUCAACAAGAUACAGAACAAUGAUUCAGUCACCAAUUGGUAAUGGUAGAAAAUGUCCAGAUAAAUUUAAACAAACUCGUCCUUGUUUUUUAACUGGGUGUUAUUAUUGGAAAGUUUCUGAAUGGUCAACAUGUAUUAAAGAGGUAACUUCAUUUGUAAUUCAAUUCAUUUUGUUCUAUACUAUAUAG